AUGUCCGCAACGAGGCUCCAAUCACCUCCAGACCCAAACGAGAACGGAGGCCGCAAGAGAGUCGGCAAGGCCUGCGAUAGGUGCCGGUUGAAAAAGUCCAAGUGUGACGGAGAAUGUCCAUGUUCUCGAUGCAUGUCUGAUGAUGUGAUUUGUGUGUUUGGAGAGCGCAAGAAAGCACACGAUAAGACCUAUCCCAAAGGAUAUGUUGAGUUGCUAGAACACCAACAGACACAGCUGGUUAGUGGUCUCCAAGAGAUGUAUAGAAUGUCAAUCAGAGGGGAUAUAUGGCCUGGGCAGCCCCUCCAAGACACCUCAAGCGGCCGCCCCCUAACACACGACAUACUGGAGCGGCUGGGAGCACUGAAUCGGGGAGAAGGCGCAUCAAAUAGUAGGUUUUCACGAUUUGAAGAUGACCUAGAAUCUGCGCAAGCCCAGUUGCAGGAGGCCGAGCAACAGGAGGCUGAGCAGCAAAGAGAGCCAGAGCAGCAGCCAGAACCGGAGCAGCAGCAGCAGCAGGGAGACCUGGAGAUGCAGAGAGACCCUUCUGACUGCCCUUCUCAUGGCACCUCUCCUUCUUCAUCAAGACGCAUGAGCACUGAAGAAGACCUAUUAUUUGAUACCGAUAACUUCCUGUCGACCCAGUAUCGGCCUCAUCCAGUUCCGGCCCCUGGCCAGCAGACGGUGUCUCUACAGCAACUGCAACAGCAAUAUUCUCGCCAGCUACAGGAACACCACACCCAACAGUCUACGACGGGCCAGACAGUAUUCUUCCCUCAGAUGACCACUUCCCGAAAUGAAGAUGUUGUCGCACCGCAGCAUCUUCAACAAUGGGGAAUGGAUGAAAUGUCUGAUCAUCUAGCGGCGUUUGAUCAGCAGGUAGAGUCUAUCCACCGCCAGUACACCCGCCAGGGAACCAUGCCCGGGUUCGCCUGUCUGCCCGUCCAGGAGUACAACGACGAAGAUUUUAACAUGUUCGUCAACUCAACCCCGAACGGUUCAGCUCGUGUCUGA